AUGCUGCGGAGGAUGGUGCCCAACCCGGCCCCGGACUCCUCCGGCUCCGGCGGGGGCGGGGACGCCCGGCCCCGCGUCGGCGUUGGGAGCGGCGCCGCGCUCUUCGCCGUGCCGCGCCUCUUCGUCGGGUUCGCCGCCAAGCGCGCAGCGCCCGACGCGGAGUCGUCCAGGAGCCCGACGUCGCCACUGGACCCCAAGGCGCUGCUGCUCCGGUCGCCGCGCUCGCCGCGGAUGACCUGGGGCGCGCCGGGCCUCGUCGACGCCCUCGCGGCCGACGCCGCCACCGCCAACUGCCUGCUCAGCCCGCGCCUGCGGCUCAUCAGGCCGCACAGCUCCCCGCCUAAGGACUGCGGCGGCCCCGUUGUCGGCGGCGGUGGGCACUCGCAGCCGGAGCUCGGCAAGACGAUGUCCUGCCCCGACCCGGACACCGCGGCCGCCGCCGCCGGCGGCGGCAUGUUGGUGCCGUGCAGCAGGUUCCAGUUCCGCCACGGGGAUCUGAAGUCUGGUCCUGAGGCCACUCGAUCGGUGUCGGACGCCGGCGCUCACCUCGUCAUCAGCAACGCCAGCAAGCGCCACUCGUUCGACCUCGGCAAGCUCCCGGGCCCGGGCUCGCUGCCGGCGUCCCGGCGCUUCGUCGGUUCGGUCUCCGCGAGCGAGAUCGAGCAGUCGGAGGACUACACCCGCAUCAUCGCGCGUGGGUCCAACCCCAAGACGACGCACAUCUUCGGCGACUGCAUCCUGGAGCCUCGCACGGUCGGGGGCGGUGACGACGAGGCCGCCGCCAUGGAGUCGGAGGAAGGAGCCGCCGGGUGCUGCUACGUCGUGGUCAAGUGCGCCGCGGAGGCCGCCACCGGCGCCGAUGACUUCCUCAGCUCCUGCUUCGCUUGCAAGAAGAAGCUUGAAGGCAACGACAUUUACAUCUACCGCGGCGAGAAGGCAUUCUGCAGCGGCAAUUGCCGGGACCAGGAGAUUCAGCUGGAGGAGGAAGCCGAGAACAACACGGGCAGCGUGUCCCCCCGGUCCUCCUGCUCCUCCUUCCACGACGACAUCUUCAUGGCCGGCAUGGUGGUCGCCACAUGA